GAUGGAUGGUUAAAUUAAAAUAAAAGGGUAGACAGAAAAGGAAAGUAAGAGGAUUGAAUUGAAUUAAUAUUAUUGAGAAUGGAUGAGGCAAUAAUGGAGGAGGUCGUGAGAGGGCGUGAGUUUGCUGAUGAACUUAGACAAAUACUAGUUGAUGUUGCAGUGGUGAAGAUGAAUCAUGCCCAUCAUCUACUCAACAACAUUCUCAACUCAUUUACCAACACACUCUUCCUUUUGAACAAACAUCAGAAUCAAAUUAAGGACUUUUCCUUCACGACUAAAUCUGAGGACUCUCAAGAUAGUUCCGCCACUGGUAGAGGAUCUUACAAAAGAAGAAAAAGUACAGAAACAUGGGAGAAGGUGUCAGAAAGUGAAACAGAUGAUGGACAUCAAUGGAGAAAGUAUGGACAAAAAACGAUCCAGACUUCCAAAUAUGCAAGGAACUACUACAGAUGCAGUCACAAAUUUGAAGAAAGAUGCGACGCAACCAAACAGGUGCAGAGAAUUCAAGAGAAGCCUCCAUUGUAUAAGAGCACCUAUUACACCCACCACACUUGCAAAUACUUACCAAACCCUGCAGAUAUCAUAUUUGAUCCUCCUCAUCACACCAAUUCCUCCAUAUUACUUUCUUUUAACAACACUUUUCCAACUCCAACCAAACAAGAUUGCUCCUUUUUAUCAUCUUCAUCUUUUUCUUGUAAUAAGGAGGAAUUAGUAAUUCCCUCACCUAAUAAUUCCUUCGAUAUUGAUCAUCAGCACCUCCCCCCUCCUGUUCAUCAGCACAUCAUCUUAGAUGAUAAUACUCCUCCUCCUCCUCCUCCUCCUCCUCUAUUAUCAACUCUUCAAUUUCAUGAUCAUGAUGAUGAUAUCAUGUAUGGCCUCUUCUAUCAUGAUUCUCUUCAUCAUCACGAUGAUCAUUUUUUCCACCCUUUUCCUGAGUUUUCAUAAGGAAUUCAUUAGUGUAUGUUAGUCACGUCAAUCUUCUUCAUUGUUUUGGCCUUAUCUACCAUGUUAAUUAAUUAAGUGGAGUUUGUCACUGUUAUAAUUAGUUUCGUUUGGAUGAGAUGAUAACUUCAUUAUAAUUAAGAAGCAAUUAUUUUUAUGUA